AUUUUUUUUUUGCAAUAUUGCCAGACCGAAUACCGCGGUCCGAUCACCGCCGUAUACAGCCUAACAAUAUUGCCGGCCUGUCGUCUUCGUAGUCGUUAGUAUUCUUGUCUAUGUUGUCGAGGCACCGUCCGGUAAACUGUUACACAACAAUAAAAUAAUCCACCGGCACAUCGAUCCAUACGCAGUCGUUAGUUGUACGCUAGCAGCUUCCAAGCGUCCGGUACGGUGGUGUCUUCUGGUCGUUUUACAUUUUUUUUAUCGUUUGUUUUAUUGUCUACGUCCCCCGUGCACGACCAACCGCCCUUGUCAACAUGUACAACCUUAGCCGAUUAGGACGUAACGUUUCGGAGAGCGUCCUGAGGACGGCGACCAUGUCGUCUGCUCGUGGACUUCACGAGAUGCCGGAUCACCUCAAAGAUGUGCCCACGGCCGAGAACCCUAGGUUCUUCGACAUGGUGGAAUAUUUCUUCCACCGUGCGUGUCAGGUGGCCGAGGACAAGCUGGUUGAGGACAUCAAAGCCAAGAUGUCCGUGGAAGACAAGAGGAAAAAAGUCAAGGGAAUAUUGUUGGGCAUGCAGCCGUGCGAUCACAUACUGGAGACAUCUUUCCCGGUUCGCAGGGAUAGCGGUGACUAUGAGAUGAUUACCGGUUACCGUGCACAACAUAGUACACAUAGAACACCGUGCAAAGGAGGUAUUCGUUUUUCAUUGGAUGUUUGUCGGGAUGAAGUAAAAGCUUUAGCUGCUUUGAUGACUUUCAAGUGUGCCUGUGUUGAUGUACCAUUUGGAGGUGCAAAAGCUGGUAUAAAAAUAAAUCCAAAAUUGUAUUCAGAAAAUGAAUUAGAGCAAAUUACCAGACGGUUCACAUUGGAAUUAGCUAAAAAAGGAUUUAUUGGACCCGGUGUAGAUGUACCUGCACCAGAUAUGGGAACCGGUGAACGUGAAAUGUCGUGGAUAGCUGAUACAUAUGCUAAAACUAUUGGGCAUUUGGACAUUAACGCUCAUGCUUGUGUAACUGGUAAACCAAUUAAUCAAGGUGGAAUUCAUGGCCGCGUAUCAGCUACUGGUAGAGGUGUUUUCCAUGGAUUAGAAAAUUUCAUCAUGGAGGCUAAUUAUAUGAGCUUAAUCGGUACUACACCAGGAUGGGGUGGAAAAACUUUUAUUGUUCAAGGUUUCGGUAAUGUUGGAUUACAUUCAAUGCGUUACUUACACAGAGCAGGUGCUACAUGUAUUGGUGUAAUUGAACACGAUGGUUCUAUUUACAACCCAGAUGGAAUUGAUCCUAAAGCAUUAGAAGAUUGGAGAAUUGACAAUGGUACUAUUUUAGGAUUCCCAGGUGCUCAGCCAUACACAGGUGAAAACCUUAUGUAUGAACCUUGUGAUAUAUUAGUACCAGCUGCUACUGAAAAAGUCAUAACAUCAGCUAAUGCUCAUAAGAUCCAAGCAAAAAUAAUUGGUGAAGCUGCUAACGGCCCAACAACACCAGCUGCAGAUAAGAUUCUAAUAGAACGAAAUAUUUUGAUUGUGCCAGAUUUAUAUAUAAACGCUGGUGGUGUAACUGUAUCAUUCUUUGAAUGGUUAAAGAAUUUGAACCAUGUUUCUUAUGGUCGCUUAACGUUCAAAUAUGAGCGUGAAUCAAAUUACCAUUUAUUAGAAUCUGUGCAAGAGUCAUUGGAACGUCGUUUUGGCCGUGUGGGAGGAAGAAUCCCUGUCACUCCUUCUGAAUCCUUCCAAAAACGUAUAUCGGGAGCAUCUGAAAAAGAUAUAGUGCAUUCUGGAUUAGAUUAUACAAUGGAACGUUCAGCUCGAGCUAUUAUGAAAACUGCUAUGAAAUAUAACUUGGGCCUUGAUCUUCGUACUGCCGCUUAUAUCAAUUCAAUUGAGAAAAUUUUCACUACUUAUAAAGAGGCUGGACAAACUUUCUAAUUCUUUUGUUUCUGCUGUUUUGGCAGAAGUUUAGGAAUUUAGGUAUUGACAAACAAGUUAAAUUCAUAUUUUUUAAUCACAAUACAAUUUUAAUUAUUAUUACCAAAUUGAUAUACGAUUAGUCAUUAAUAAAACUAAUACAAAGGAAUAUAUAACUUUUUCCUUGUUAACAGAAUUCAUCUUUUCAACAAGACAUGCUUUUAAAAAGUUCCUUUAUAGUACAUAAUCUGUAUUGUUUUUUUGUAAGAUAUACAUAUUCCAUACAUAAGUAUUCAUUUGAGUUCUUAUGAAUAUAAAAUUUCAUAUAUUUCACAACAAUGCAUUUGUACUAAAAAAUAAUGAUUUUAUAGUAUUAGUAUUUUUUGAUAAUAAUAAUUAAACUGUGUAUUAUUACAAACACAGCUAUAGUUAUAGUUGUGUUUGGAGUCCUAAAUUUAAUGAAAUCAUCAUUUUAGGAUUUUGGCUAGUUUUCUUUAUAUGAAAAUAAUGAAAACACUGCUUAACUAUAUUAACUUACCUAUUUUGAAGUUUAUGAAAAAUUCUAAACCAUUUUUUUCCCUUUUACUUUUAAGAAAAGAAGUAUACGUGUUCAUUCAGUAUUGUAUAAUAAAUUAUUCAAUAUUUAAUUUUAUAUUCUUCGGAUAAUUGUAAAAUCUAACUUAAUACAGAAAUAAGUUUUAAUUAAAUUUACAAGUACAAAUUGCUAAUUCAUGCCCAUAAUAUAUCACAAUAAUUUUAAUACCUUAAUCAUGUAAUUGAAAAUGUGAGUAAAUUUAUGUUCUUCUCUAUUUUAUAAGGAAUAUAUUUAAACUAUACAUCUUAAUUUCUUAAUUUAUACAAUUUAAAAUAGUGUAAAUUAACAGUCAUCUUAUAUUCUAUGAAAUUGUAAAGAAAUAAUAAGUUUAAAAUUGUUAAUGUUGUUUUGGAAUUUUUUUGUUUUUAGUUGACAAUUUUAGAAACUAAGAGUAUUAAAAAUAUUUGUUAGGAAUUGUAUUAAAAUUAUAUUUAUAACCACCGCUUAAUAUGGAAACUAUGAUAAUACAUUCAUGUUGUUAAUAUUGUAUGUAUUUUUAUUAUAAAGUAUGAUCAUAAUCGUACAAUAUUCUUAGUCUUAAAGUUUAAAUUCUAUCUAACUAAUAUUUGUUAUUAUUGUGAAAUGUCAAUGAUAUAUCAGCAAUUAAUUGUUUUUAGUUGAGUUGUUAGUUUUGUUAAAUCACAACAAUCAUUUAGCUGUACAUUUUACUUAUGUGGGCAAUUAAAAGACUAAAUACGAAGUUCUAAGUUAGAAAUCUGUUGAAGUUAUUAUUACGGAUAACAUUAAAAGGAGAAUAAAACGAGUAAUACAAUU